AUGCAGCUCAAGGAUGGGUCGAAACUAGAUAUUGUUAGAAUCCGAAAUCCUUGGGGAAAGACAGAGUGGGAAGGCGAUUGGGGAGACAAUGAUGAGAAAAACUGGCGGAGAGUUUCAGCAGCAGAGAAAAAGCGGCUUAAAAUGGAUCAGGCUGCUGAUGAUGGGGCGUUUUGGAUGACCUUUAAGGAUUGGGUAGAUGAGUUUGAGAUUUUGACGAUUUGCGCGCUCCCGGGAUUGGACUUGGAGGAUGAAGAUGGCAAAAUAACAAAAGAAGAAGUGGAAGAGCGAGAAACCCGCGUGAUUGGAACCUUUCACCCUGGAGUCAAUGCGCCCUCAGACAUCAACCACUUGAAAAAAGUCUUCCUCGAUCCCGAGUUCACGAUUCAAGUCGAAAUGGAUGUGCACAAAUACAUUUCAAAAACCACCCGACUCAUCUGGCUUCAGGUCGGUUGA